UUACCGCUUUGCUUUCUGACGAAAAUAUCUCGCGACUCUUGGUGGCAGUUCCAUGUGAAUGUCGCCGCAAACUCCGAUUGUAACGUCGAAAUAAACAAGUUGUCUGAUUGACAUGUGGAUGCCAGCUACUGAACUCUUGACUGGUCAGUUGUAAGAAAAAGAAAAAAAAAACUUACCUAAAUGACUGCCAGGAUUUUGGGCCGAUGGGCUCACCUUUUGCUCCGAUGCCCUCAAGCUUCUGCUGCCUCGUCCCGGCUGCAGGCCGCCACAGCUCAGCGGGCAGGGACACCGUGGCCCCUAGCCUGGGCACGGCCUGCAGCCAAGCCCCUGUGCCUGGGCCAUGGGCUGCCAGAAGAAGAGCAGCCAAGCAUUAAAUUUAAACUUUCAGAAUUGGACGAACUUGUCAAGAAGGCGGGCACUCCUGAGGCAGUGCUGCAGUUGUGGGCGGAGCGAGGUGGGUCAGCCAAUCAGGCAGGCUUGUGCCUGAUCCACAUCAGCCGAUUGGCAUUGAAAAAGGACAGGGCGGAGUCUGCGAACCUCUUGCAGGAUCCCCGGUGUGUGGACAUGCUGGAGACGGUGAAUUCCCAGAUUUCGGUGGUGUGGAACGGAAUGCUGGUGUCUCUGCUGCACUCGCUCUCCAACCUCGGCCUCCUCCCCAGUACGCCAGUGAUGCAGUCUCUCCAGACGGAGGCGCUGUGGAGACUCCGCCGCCUCACCUACCGCCAGCUAGCCUACCUGGCAGACUGGGUAUCAGCACGCCACAGUCAGGGGCAAGGAAAUGAGAUGCUCUCCACCACCCUGCUGAAACAGCUGGAACUGCGCUGGACCGAGCUGGACAACCCUCGCACUCUGGCCACCCUGAUGGCCCGAGCUGGGGCACUCUCCUCCUCCCUCAUGGACAGGCUGGAAGAUAAGGUCCUGGAGUUGGCCGAGAAAUUCAGCGCCGAGGACAUCCGCAAGGUGGCGCUAGCGUUGUCGUCCCAGCGGCGCCGUUCGGUACCCGUCUUGCGGGCGCUGUCUUACCACCUGCGAGAGAAACCCUCGUCCGAGCUCCAGGCGCCCCUGCUGCUUGACAUGGCAUUCGCUUACAGCAAGCUGAACUUCCACCAUACGCCCAUGCUGGAGCGGAUGUCCUCUGAGCUGUUGCCUUGGCUACCAGAGCUGAGCCCUGCCGAUGUCAUGCGCUGGUCAAAGGCGCUGGCCUUACUGAAAUGGCUCCACCUGCCUCUGUUUGAGGGCUUUGCCCAGCACUUCAUGAACGGCAGCGAAAGCUACAGCACACUCCAGCUGAGCAACCUCAUCCUGUCAUUCGCCAGGCUCAACUUCCAGCCCACCAACAGGGAGAAGUUCUACAAAAAGGUUCAUGAAGCGCUGAGGGGCUCCUGGCUGGGGUUGGAGCCCUUCCUGCUCACGGACAUGGUCUGGUCGCUUUGCGUGCUGCAGCAAGCAGUGCCUGACUACAUCGCUGCUGUCACAGACACCAACUUCCACACCAAGCUCACAGAAGGGGCUGCUAGUCACGUGGUGAGCUACAAGCUGAAGCUGCUUCAGAUCGCAGCCUCGAGGCAACUGGAGCCCCUCGGAGCCCCUGGGGAGUGCCCCCCAGCCGGCACCCCGUCGGCGGUCCCGGUCAAGGCGGGCACUCAUACCGCCCUGCAGAGGGGCCUGCAUGCAGCUGUCCAGACCCUGGCCGAGAACCGUACAAGUGCCCUCCGCACCAACGUCAGCACAGUUUACGGCUGGGUUAUAGAUGCAGAGCUGGUGUUGGAUGCGGAAAAUAAGCCCGUCGACUUGGAGAACCUGGUGGCUCCACACUUACCUGGAGGGGGCGGGGCUGACCUCUUACCCCAGGGAGCGCACAGAAUGGCAUUCCUGGCCUGGGAGUUCUCCCAUUUCUGUUGCAAGAGUAAAGAUCUACUGGGCCGCUUUGCGAUGCAGAAGCGCCAUCUUCAGCUGGCUGGAUUUCUGGUGGUGGAGGUGCCAUACUUUGAUUGGCUGGAGCUGAAGUUUGAUUGGCAGAAAGUAUCCUACCUGAAGGACAAGAUGGGGCACGCGGUGGCCGAAGAAAUGGCCAAGUGACGCGCAAAAGCGUGGCGGCUCAUCGGACCGAGGCGCCGCUUCAGCGCGGUCGCACGGAAACGGAACUGACCAGAGAUGAGCAGACUGUGGUAGCAGAAUGUCAUAAGGCGUGGAGGACGGACGGAUCACAAAUUCAUAUUUACCCUGCUUCAUCUAGAGGACCGAGAGGCUCAGCAGCCACAACCAAUGAUCGCCAAAAACAGUAGUUCCAGCAGUCACUUGAGGGGGCGGGGCGUGUUGGGGAUGCUCUGGGUCGGCUGUUGUUACCUUGAUAUCAAGAUCAUAAUAAAAUGUCUGUCAUUUUCUUUCCUCUUU